AUGGAGGUGCAUGAGGCCGCGAGCCGCCUCCUGGCGUGUCCGCGUCUGAGUCGCGAGCGUGAAGCUGAGCGCCAACGCGCCAUCCAACAGCCUCUAGCCGUCAACUGGCGUGAGAAAAUUGAGGCGAACGGACAGAAACAUCAGCGACAAGUUGCGACCAAGGAGAACGUCGUCUGGCAGCAGCAUCACGUGGCCGGAGUGAGAAAACGUCGACUAGGAGAGGAAGACGCUGCAUUUCUACUGUUUUACGGAGAUCGAGAGACGCCCAGCGCCAAUAUUCUGCGACUAAUCAUUGAGCUGAUAUCCACCGACACGGGCGAAUCGGACGAAUUCCUGUCCAGAUGUGUCAAAUAUUUGCUCUGGCGAAAGCUUAGCACUGCGGUGGAGGCAGGACUGGCCAAUGAGCGCCUUGUACAGUCGGAGUGGACCAAAAUCGUCUUCAGCUGCCCUGUGCCAGCACAUCGUCGGAGGUCCGGGCCCAUGCCUCGCCCCGAUCUGUUGCCGCGCCCCAUCACGAUCACAGUGCGGCCAUUGCAGCUCGCUCGGAGACGACCGCAACGUCGCAAUCUGUGUGUGGCGUCAGCUAGUACCGCUGAGGUCGCAACGAAGCAGGAGCCCGCGUCUCCACGUGUGACGCCAGAGGAACGAGCUGUGGCUCUAGCCAACCGAUUGGCGGGCAAAGGAGCGCGAUCCAAAGCGAAGAGUCCGAAGAAGAGCACAAAGACGACGCAGACCAAGUCUCCGCGAGGGGAAGUACGCAAACGUCCAUCGGCUGCAACUUACAGCGAUACGAGCAAUGGAUACGCUCAACUGGCCGGUUUCUCGCCUCGGAAGCAUCGACGACGCAAUGGCGAAGUGGGUUUACCGACGGUGACGCCCCGUCAAGUUGUACGGGCCAAGAGUCCGAGCGGCCAGAGUAUCAGUCAGAAGCUCAUGGAGCCUCUGCCGUACGAUUGCCGGACAUUGGGGGACAAUCGGAGUCUGCCGCUUGGCUGGCGACCACCUGGCCAAGGAUCACGAACAAUGGACCCCGUAGAAGUGAACCCGAUGCUGCAGAUGACUGCUGACGAGAUCGUGCAGCAUAUCGCGUCAGUACGUCGAGAAGGCCGCUUCACGAGCUUCGAGAAGGUGACGGAUAUCCUAUUGAAGCUCAUGGCGGAUCCAAGAAACCGUCACGGAGUGUUCAACACGCCAGUGGACCCGAUCGCGCUGGAAUUGCCGGCAUACACUACGAUCGUGCAGCACCCCAUGGAUCUGGGCACUGUCAAGCGCAAUCUGGCUGCUGGAGAGUAUCUGGAACUGGAAGAUUUCGUCUCGGACGUGCGUUUGGUGUUCGAGAACGCCAUGGUUUUCAAUCCAGAGUCGCAUUACAUCCACGUGGACGCUGGCAUCUUGCUGAAUCGCUUCAACGAGGCGGUAAAAGCGGAGCAGAAUCGACAAGCCAAGCGACAACGCGUGCAGCACGUAUGUCUGGUAUGUCGAGGCAACACGUGCAUUGUGUGUAACCAGCAAUGUCUGGACGUUACGCCGCCUCACUUGCAGUGCUCUGCUGGCUGCUCCACGGAGAUCCGCAAAGGCUCCAUCUAUUUUAUUUCCGAGGACGGUACACGUGUGUGGUGUCAGAAGUGUAAGACUCGCUUGGCGAGGGACCGCAACGCCGCAGAUCGAGCACCGGACGUCGACACGGACGCGAUGCUGGACGCUCUCAUUAAGAAGAAGUGCGAGGCUGGUGUAGAGCCCUGGGUCAAGUGUGGCGAGUGCGAUCGAUGGCUUCACCAGGUGUGUGGACUCUACAAUCCCGUAAUCGGUGCCUACGAGGUGCAGAAAGCCCCCAACACAGGACCUGACGGCUUGUCCAUUGAAACCAAUCCCUACGUGUGUCCCUUGUGUCGUUGUCGACGUAAACGAGCGACGCCCCCGCCCGAGUCGCCCAUGCGCAAGAUCCUGAACGUUGAUCCCGAUGAACACGCGCAGAACUCUUCGUGUCUUAAUAUCCCGAGCUGUGAACUAAGCAUAUUUAUCCAGAACUUUCUGCGGCGUGGACUCAAUGAAAUCGGCGAGCUCGAGGCGGCCCAGACGUUGUAUGUACGAGCGCUGUCGUUCCCAGGCGAGCAUCUGACGGUCCCAGAGGGCGUGGUGCGAGUUUUUGACGAGAACGCGCAGCUGCUAGCUCAGAUGCGGCCGGGCACGAAUACCAACUCGCAGCGUCUCCCUGCUCGCAUCAGUUAUCUAUCACGUGGACUGUAUCUGUUCCAGAAACACGAAGGCAUGGAAGUUUGUCUCUUCACGAUUUAUGCGCAAGAGUUUGGAGACGAUUGCGAGCUGGAAGCGAAUCGACGAGCCGUGUACAUCGCGUACCUGGACAGUGUGCGUUAUCUCAAGCCUACGAGUGCGCGGACAGCAGCGUAUCAUCUCAUCCUGCUGGCGUAUUUCGACUACGUGCGACGUCAUGGCUUCUCUCGCGUCCAUAUCUGGUCUUGUCCGCCGCAGAAACGCAUCAGCUAUGUGUUCUGGUGUCGUCCUGCCUUCCAGAAGACGCCAAGUGCGGAGCAUUUGCGUCGAUGGUACAGUAAUUUACUCACCAAAGCCAAGGAGUACGGUAUCGUCAAGGACUGGACUACACUGUACGAUCGGUACUUCAGCGACAGCGUGUGUGGCUCCCAGUCUAAUGGCGAGUCCACGCCGUCGUCCUCGUUCGUGUCUGUGAAGGAGGAGAGCGGAGUGGGCGUCUCGACACGCGGCACUACCGUGUUGUCUGUGAAUCCGGAUGAGCUUGUGUGGCCAGCGAACCACCUUCCUCCUAUCUUUGACGGCGACAUUGUUCCUUCUGAACUGGAGCGGAUCCUUGGACGUAUUAUAUCGAGAAACGAGAAGCAAAAACGCGCCAGUGAGAACAAGAAACUGGCCACGCGCGGCAAGAACAGCUCCAUGGCUCGAGCAGGUGGCAAACUCUCGUUUGGUGGAGUUAUUACGCGGAUUAAAGAGGAAGUGACGACGGAUUCGCCUCCGCCCGCGCCGCAAUCGCUGCAAGUGGACGUCAAAGUGCGCGAGGUGUUUACCAAGUGUCAGUUCGCAGUCCAACGACUCAAGAACGACUUGUUAGUGGUGGAUCUGGAGACGCUAGUGCCGUCGUGGUUCGAGCAGGUUCCUCGCUUCUUCAGCAGCCGCUUCAUGUUCCAUCAACUCUGUUCUCUUGCCGGCUACCAGUUCGACUCGCUGCGACGUGCCAAGCACUCGACGAUGAUGAUGGUGCAUCAUUAUUUCAACGAGCAAGUGGGGCAGCUCAACGUUUUCUGUCGCGAGUGCAGCCUCCUGAUCACUCGCGCAGACGUUUGGUCUUGUCGGACGUGCGUACGCUUCGCUCUGUGCGAUACCUGCUUUCGACGUCAGGGCAGUGAACACCCACAUCAGCUUUUCUUUGGAUCCGCCGCACUGACGGUGCCGCCUCGAGUGCAGCGGAUGUCGGAGCCACAGCAGCAUGUUGAGCCUCAGACGUCGGUGCAACUGCCGCCCACCGUCAACGUUUGUGAACGUGUUGAGCGUACUAAUCCUAUACCUUGA